AUGGAAGAACAAUUCUGGAAGCAGAAAGCUGGCAUUAAAUGGCUAGUGGAGGGUGAGAGAAACACAAAGUUUUUCCACAUGAGAGUUAAAAAGAAGCGAAUCAAGAGUCAUAUAUUCAGAAUACAAAAUCCAUAUGGGAGCUGGAUAGAAGAUCCAGAUUUAGUGAAGUCAUCUGCAGUGGAUUUCUUUUCUUCUCUCAUGAAGAAGGAAUCAUGCGCAAUGACCAGGUUUAAUGAUUCUUUAAUUCCUUCCAUUCUAUCUAAAAAUGAUAAUGUUUGGUUAUGUGCAGCACCUACCAUGGAGGAACUUAAAGUCGUAGUGUUCAAUAUAGAUAAAGAUAGUGUGGCUGGCCCUGAUGGAUUUUUGUCUUAUUUUUAUCAACAUUGUUGGGAAAUAGUUGCAAGUGACCUCUUGGAUGCAGUGGUGGAUUUUUUUCAUGGAGCUGCCCUCCCAAGAGGAAUAACAUCCACGACAGUUGUGCUGCUGCCCAAGAAUGAGAAAGCUUCUAAAUGGAGCGACUAUAGGCCGAUAAAAAGGGGUUUAAGGCAGGGUGAUCCUAUUUCUCCUCUAUUAUUCAUCCUGGCUGCGAAAUACUUGUCUAGGGGGCUAAAUGCUUUGUUUGCUAAAUAUCCAUCCCUCCAUUAUUAUUCAAAUUGCUCAAUGUCAGAGCGUAUUUCUGGAUGGGAUAAUAAAAUUCUAUCUCCUGGCGGUCGCAUAACACUACUUCGCAAUGUACUUUCUUCCAUGCCUAUCUAUCUGCUCCAGACCUGUAACAACAUUUGGUCGCAAUACAUGAGGGCGAAAUAUUGUGCUAGUCAAAUUCCAAGGUAUGUUCAAUCGAAGCUUCAUGACUCACAAACUUGGAAACGGAUGUUAGCUAGCUGUCCGGUUUGUUAUUUUUACGAUAAUGGUGCAUGGAAUGUGGACAAGUUGAAUAAUGUAUUACCGGAGGAGGUGGUGAUGGAAAUUAUUAAGAUUUCGAUUGACACAUCUAGCACAGAUUUAGCAUACUGGGUCCCCACUUCGGAUGGUCAAUUUACCAUUAAAUCCUCUUGGGAGACAGUACGACAACGACAGGCGGAUUGGAUUCCGGUUGAUUUGCGAUUGAAAUCCAAGGGCUUCCAUUUAGCUUCCAAAUGCCAACAUUGCAACUCAGAGGAGUCUCUUUUACAUGUCAUGUGGGAAUGCCUAAUAGCUACACAGGUCUAG